GAAGGCUGCCCGACGUGCCUUACUGCGCAAUCCCUUCAUACAGCUGCAGGGAAUAUAUGUCCAGCACUGCGCGCUCCGCGCUUCCACCCGCACAGUCCACUAUGGAACGGAAAGGGGAUGACUGGCACAGGACCGAAGGAGAAAGAAGGCACCACAAGUCCCAGGAUGACGGGUUACAGGAGCAAGAUGCUGUAUAUUCUGGAGAAGCCCCAGAUGCGAGGCGAGGAGGAGCGGCUUCGAACUUUUGAAAACUGGCGGAGGGACACACCAGUCACCGCGGGCAACCUGGCCAGAGCGGGAUUCUAUUUUCUGGGGCCCGAGGAUAAGGUUCAGUGCUUCUGUUGCGGAGGGAUCCUGCGGUACUGGGUCCAUGGGGACAGUCCGAUCGUCGAACACAAGAGGCACUUCCCCACCUGUAGUUUCGUGCUGGGUAGAGCGGUUGGGAAUAUCCCGCUGUUUGUCGUUUCCAGGUCACCUUCUGACUCCGUGGACGGCCAGCUGUUGAGCCAGCUCCAGAGGAUGACCGUGGAAGACCAGGGAACGGCCGGGCAGGCUGUCUACCCUGAGAUGGAGUUAGAGGAAUCCAGGCUCACCACCUUUCACAACUGGCCCACGGGUGCUGCUGUCCAGCCCAAUGUUCUGUCGAGGGCAGGAUUCUUCUACACAGGCCACGGUGACAACGUGAAAUGCUUUUACUGCGACGGAGGGCUGAGGAACUGGGAACCUGGAGAUGACCCCUGGCAGGAGCACGCCAAGUGGUUCCCGCGAUGUGACUUCCUGGUCCAGACGAGAGGACGUGACUAUGUCAGCAAUAUCCGGGCUACCCACUUCCACAGAGAGACUGUGGGUGGAUCACAGACACCGGUGUCGGAAGAAAUUACUUCAGAAAAUGACGUGGUGGGUGGUCUGGGCACACCCUCAGUCAUGCUCUCUCCUGUGGUCCAGACCGUGCUCCAGAUGGGGUUUGAGGCUGGCCUAGUGGAGAGUCUGGUCCAGACCAAGUACCUGCUGACCGGCCAGCACUACACCUCCGUGUCGGACCUGGUCACUGACGUACUGGCUGCUGAGGAGGAGGACCGGACCAGAGGGCUGCAGAGCAGAGUCCAGGAGCCGGUGGAGAGACAGGGGCCCAGUGCAGGAGGGGUCAGAACACAGACACCCAUCAGAGAAAAAGCAGUGGGAGACUCCACCCCUGAGGAGCUCCUGCGUCAGCUGCAGGAGGAGCGAACAUGUAAGGUGUGUAUGGACAAGCUGGUAUCCAUCGUCUUCAUCCCCUGUGGUCACCUGGUGGUGUGUAGUGACUGUGCUGCCAGCCUGCGUCACUGCCCCAUCUGCAGAGCCACCAUCAGAGGCAGCGUCCGAGCAUUCAUGUCCUGAGAGCCACAUUCAAGUACAAGACCCUUGUGCUUUUGUUUGCCUUUGACAAAUGAAGACAGAUUCUACAACCCCUCUGGGCGGCUCAUCUUUCUAUAGGUGCUGUGAGCAUUUUGUGAAAAUGUCUCCUGGAUUUUAGAUGCCUGACAGAUCUGACCCAUUCUGCUAACCUCAACACUGCUCUGCUGUUGAUUUGCCCUGCUCAAAAUAACCACCAAAAUCAAAAUGGCUUCUUUUUGGCUGGAGAAGAUGUUGUUGAAUAUAUUUAUUUGAAUACAGUAAACACAUUGGCAAUAUCAUUAUUGGUGUUUACAGAGAUCAACUGGGAGAGCAAGCGUAUCAGUCCAACUGCACAUCAGAUUACAGUUUGUACAAAUACUAUGAAUAAUCCCUAAAACAAAUGACACAGAAUCGGUUUAUUAAAAGUACACAUCAUUUGGCCUUCCGAGUGGCGCAGCGGUCUUAGGCACUGCAUCGCAGUGCUUGAGGCGUCACUACAGACCCGGGUUCAACCUGGAGACCCAUAAGGUGGCGCACAAUUGGCCCAGCAUCGUCCGGGUUAGGGGAGGGUUUGGCCGUCCUUGUCCCAUCGCACUCUAGCGACUCCUGUGGCGGGCCGGGCGCAGUGCACGCUGACAUGGUCGCCAGUUGUACUGUGUUUCCUCCGACACAUUGGUGUGGCUGGUUUCCGGGUUGGGCGAGCAGUGUGUCAAGAAACAAUGUGGCGUGGCAGGGUCGUAUUUCGAAGGACGCACGGCUCUCGACCUUUGCCUCUCCCGAGUCCGUACGGGAGUUGCAGCGAUGGGACAAGACUGUAACUACCAAUUGGAUACCACGAACUUGGGGAGAAAAAGGGCAACAACAAAAAAAAGUACAACAUUUGUUUAUUAACAAACUGAUAUUUACACUAUUGAACACAGCACAGGUUUGGACAAAUAUGAUUACAUAAUUGAGUCACAUGAAGAGGACUACAGAGGACGUAAAAUAAAGACAAAAAGCUUUCCCCCCCACUUUUCCAUACAAAGAAAAACAAUUAUCUACAAAGUGGACUUUUUUUUCCAGUGGUAUCCAUCACACGACCACAAUAGGCUCCAACUAACUAAUGUAACUAAUGUCAGGCUUCCAUUCCCUGUUGCAGAGGCUGUUUUGCAUUGAAAGGAACAAAGCUGUUCCUAUAAAUGAACUGAUUUUAGGUGUCCAAAGAUAUUUAUCAAGACAUAAUGUGCAGUGUGUUCACCGUUGGUAAUGAUCCUGACUACAGUUAAUAAAGUGUAUCUACUCCUUUGUUCAGAAGUAUUGACAGGCAGCCACGGCUUGGUAUUGAUAAGCUUGGGGUUUAUUCAUCGGAGUGCAACAGAGUAUUACAGAUAGAAAUGUAAUGCAUAGAGCUGGCAUUAUCUAUGACAGAAUGACGUCUAUUGCACAAUACAUGUAUAUCUGAAUCUUCUGUAACAUUGCACUGUCCUGAAAUUGUACAUUUACACCUCAAAUUAUACCUUAUUCCCUAUAUAGUGCACUACUUCAGGAUAUCAUUUGGAACACGGCCCGUAGUUUACAAUCAUUAUUCUGUGCGCCAUCACUGAAGCCCCUACCACUGUUCUGCAAAAGCAUUCAUCUGAAGCCAAUAUCAGUUGAGAGACAGCUAUGAUGUUAAUAUCAGCUCAGAAGCCUCUCUAUCAAGCCCACAAGGGGAUAAGGUGUUGAUCAGGUGCUGGAAACACGAGACCGAACCAAAUUCCAGUCUCCAUAUGUCCCGUGUUCAAGGCUCUUUUUGAUGAAGUGGGAAACAAGCUUUGAUUUAAUAACGAGGGUAUUCAUCACAUUCAUGCCACAGCAGAUUGCAUCGAGACAAACGAUACAAAUAAAUACAAAAUAAAUGUAGAGGCUUCAGUCGGAACAGAGAAAUACAUUUGUUCUUCUGGAACGGCGUCAAGUAUAAGACUGAGUGGAUAACACGGCGAUAAAGAAGUAUACUGUGAGAUAUAGGCAUACAUACAUGCAGAGUAGUACACUGGACCCUCCUAUGGUGUCCAGUAGGCCAAUGGAAAAUAACCUAAACUGUGUAUUAUAUCUUAUCAAUAAACAGUAUGCCAUGAAACCCUA